CUAAAAUUUUACAUCUCUGAAUCUAAACACAGCCUUACUCUGGCGAUCUAUAUAUAGUUGCAUACAUUGUAAUAUUAUUGCUGAAUUCAUAUUCCCAUCUGAGCCAACCAUGCAUUGGUGUUUUGCAUAAUGGAGGUACCCAUUGCUGCCAUGACUUUUGCCCACCCAGCCAAUGUUAUGACUCUGGCUUCAAGGCAGCCAAAGAGUAAAAGGUCCCAUAUCUCCCCUGCUACCACGGCUCACCGUAAUCUACAGACUCGCCUGGCUCACCACCACCAUGCAACACCAGCUUCAUUGCCUAUGGCAAUCUGCAACACAGUAGACAAAGUGAUCAAUAGGUUCAUUGACCUGCCGGAGCAGCGACCAACGGUGGAUCCGCGGCGUGUGCUCUCUGGCAACUUCGCUCCUGUUGAUGAGCUGCCCCCGACAAGCUGCCAUGUCAUCCGCGGCUCCAUCCCAAGCUGCCUCGCCGGUGGGGUCUACAUCCGCAAUGGUCCCAACCCACAGCACCGGCUUCCCCAGCGAACACACCACCUCUUCGAUGGUGAUGGCAUGCUCCACUCCCUUCUCAUUCCCUCGGCCUCGUCAACACUGUUGUCGGAGCCUGUGCUUUGUUCACGCUAUGUGCACACGUACAAGUAUCUCUUGGAGCGUGAGACCGGAGGACCGGUUUUACCAAACUUCUUCGCUGGCUUCCAUGGAGUGGCCGGCUUGGCUCGUGCAGUGGUCAUGAUCGCAAGAGUGCUUGCUGGUCAAAUUAACCUGAACAAGGGCUUCGGGCUGGCCAACACUAGCAUCACUCUUUUUGCAGAUUGCCUAUAUGCGCUAUGCGAAUCUGACCUUCCCUACUCCAUGCACAUCAACCCAGCCAACGGAGAAGUCACCACACUUGGUCGAUGUGACUUUGGUGGUGAUCUUUCUUUUAGGAUGACAGCACACCCCAAGAAGGACCCGGUCACCAUGGAGUUGUUUGCUUUUCGCUACAAUGUCUUCCAACCAUUCAUAACAUACUUCUGGUUCGAUCGAGCAGGCAGCAAGGUCGCAGAUGUGCCCAUCUUGUCCUUGCAGAAACCAUCGGUGAUGCAUGACUUUGCAAUAACAGAGAGAUAUGCAAUCUUUCCAGAGUCACAACUCAUCGUUAAUCCCAUGGACAUGGUCAUGCGGGGGAGCUCGUUGGUAGGAUUGGACCGUACCAUGGUGCCACGGAUUGGCGUGCUUCCAAGGUACGCCAAGGAUGAGUCAGACAUGAGAUGGUUUGAGGUGCCUAGAUUUAAUAUGUUGCACACGACGAAUGGUUGGGAAGAGGCUGAUGGAGAGGAGAUUGUGCUCGUGGCACCCAAUAUCCUAUCUAUCGAACACAUGCUAGGAAACAUGGAGCUCAUGCGAGCUCGUGUCGACAUGGUACGUAUCAACCUCUGCACCGGUGACGUGUCGUGCACUGCACUCUCACCGGAGAGCCUUGAGUUCGGUGUCAUCCACCAAGGUUAUGUUGGUCGCAAAAAUCGCUAUGGCUACUUUGGUGUAAGUGGUCCGUUGCCCAAGAUCAAGGGGAUAAGAAAGCUUGACUUUGAUCUCGUCGGCUCUGGUGAUUGCACGGUUGGACGUCGUGACUUUGGUCUAGGGUGCUUUGCUGGGGAACCAUUUUUUGUUCCAGACAACAUCGACGGGUAUGGAAACGAGGAUAGUGGUUAUGUGGUGUGCUACACCCAUGAAGAGGACACCGGAGAGAGUUGGUUUGUGGUGAUGGAUGCAAAGUCUCCAGAGCUAGACAUUGUUGCAGAAGUGCAACUUCCUAGUCGUAUCCCCUAUGGCUUUCAUGGUAUUUUUGUCAAACAGGCCGAACUUCUCGCACAACAAUAAGCAUGUUUGUGAAAAACCUUACCCACUACUCUACGUAUAAAGAUAAUACUUCAUAACUUCAUAAGCGAGAUCUGCUACAAAUGUACUUUCCAGCAUUUGAUUUAGAAUGGUCAUAAGAGAAGUAUUAUAGUCUGGUUGUCAUUUCACAUCUAUCUAUAUAUCUUUUAUUAUAUACUAAAAGUCCAUUAAACUUCCUACAAA